GCCGCUCAGCUCCGCGUUAGCUCCGCGUUCGCUUCGCGCUUCGCGCGUGUGUGUCAGUGUGCCAGUGCCGCGUCGCGCCAAAACAAGGCGAAACCGAGAGUGACACAUCGCCAGUGCACUAGUGCUCCACAGUCGCAGGCCGUUGGAUUUCGCACCGAGGUUCUGCGUAAAGCUAUUCCAUAGUCUUUAAAAUGCCGAAGAGACGGAGUUUGUCAGGGAACUGCGCCAUUGGAGUGUUUGUUAUAGCAUGUGUGGCUAUAGUGGUUGCAUUCUGCUCACCUAGCUGGCUGGUCAGUGAUUACAGAAUAACAGGAGCAAAAUUGAAUCGAUUGGGAUUAUGGACUCAUUGUUUCCGAUCCCUCCCUGAUCCUCAAGAUGAGUACCAGAGGCGCUUCUUUGUUGGCUGCCGCUGGAUUUACGAUCCCUUCACUACAGGAUAUGACCAGAUUCGAGGUUACCUCAUUCCUCCAUUCAUGGUUGCCACACAAUUUUUCUUCACUCUGACUUUCAUUGAGACUCUCAUAAACUUUAUACUAGUACUGGUGUUCUUCCUGUGUGCGGGCCCUGAUCAAAAACGCUAUGUUCAGCUCAUACGGAUCAUUGGACUUCUCCUGCUAGGUGGAGGUGCAUGUGGAGCCAUAGCCGUGAUAGUUUUUGCAUCUUGUGCUAAUCGUAAAAACUGGAUGCCUGGACAAGUGAACAACUUCUUUGGAUGGUCAUUUGGAUUGGCUGUUGUUGGGGUUUGCAUGAACCUCAUUUCUGGAACCCUGUUUCUAGUUGAAUGCAACAUUCAGAAAAAGAAGAGGAAGUAUCUCAAGGAGUCACAGACUAGAUUUGAGAUGGAUCAAGAAACCAAGGCUUAAUUUAAUGUGUGAGGAAUAUUGAUUUUAACUGAACUUAAGGACUCAGGUACCACAUUUGAAGUAAAGUUUUAUGGAGUUUUUUUUUUUUUAAAAAAAGACAAUAGGUAUUCAAGAGACUCAGGUAGCAAUAUGUACCAUGAAUUAUUUCGACCAGUACCUGUUGUCCAUUACUACUUGACAGUAGCAUUCCGUUUUUUAUGAAAAAGUUUCACUCUUGAGCCAUGGACCAAAUUGUGUUCAGAUGCCUUAGAAAAGAGAUUCAUAUCACUGAAUUCUUUUCAUAUUUUUGACUGAAUGAUCUUUUCUAUGAACUAUUUGUUACAAUUUUACUAAGAGUCUCUUAAAAACAUAAAGAGGAGAAAGUUUAAAUUUUGAUGUAGUAGUGGCAUUUAUGUUAUUAAUGCAGACAUUCUUAACUCAAAAUGCACAAUUUUAUUACUCUUGGUAAGCAAAAGUUUAUCAACUGACUACCGUCCAUACUUAAAGACUAGUUUUAAUGAAAUACUGUACUAGAAUCUCUUUGAUGUUUUCAUGCACAAAUUGUCGUUCUUAAUUCCGUCCUCAUUUGGAAUGAUAGGAAAAGUUAGUUAGUAUUUAUGGUUGUUAACAACUCUAGUGAUGAGAUUGUUUUUAUGUCUAAGUUUGUACUAUUAAUUAAUUGUGAAUGCAAGGCAAUCUGGUCAUAUAUUCCCUCCAGCUAGAUUUUUCACUUUGAUCUGUCAAUUUCAUUUCAGUGAUAAGAUUAGUGCCUUAUAAUUCUUGCUAAGUAAACUUUUUUGCCUGAAUGAAGUUGUUUGUUGUGACUGGAUCACAUCUCAGAGCUUGUCUCACAUGCCUUUUGCAUGUAACUUCAAUUUUUAUCUUAUUAUUAUUCAAGAGCAUAUCAUUCCAUUAGAUUGAUCUUUUUCAAUAUUUUUUACUUCAUUGCUGAAAUGUAUUUUUUCAUUUUAUUUCUGAUCACCAAUGUUGAUAUUGGCUGUUUUGUAAGAUAUUUCUUUUUAUAACUACUUAAUAUGCUACUAUGGAGUAUUCUCUUUAUGGCUCCAUUUGAUCUGAAGUAUUUGUCGCCGUCCACUGUCUAUCAUACUUUUUUUUGUACUGUAUAUGAAACAAAUAAAGAGACAAACAAAUCUUUGAAA